ACCUCAUCCCUUCUUCUUGUUUCAAUUUUAGGCAAGGGAGGCCGAGGUAAUAGCUUCUACCAUAGUUUGGGAUGAGAACAUAAAAAGGAGUAUAUAUGUAGGUGUGAAGAUGAGUUGGUAAGAAAGAAAUGGUAAGGUCUCUGUCUCCAUAGUUGGUAGUUCCGCAUGUGCUCUGCCAUCGCACAAACUCAGCUUUUUGUGCUCAAUAAUCCCACCGCCCAACCUUUUCCCUGUCAUUCUUUUGUCAUUUAAGUCCCCUCCUUCCUACAUAUAACUGCUCGCUUAAGCUAAGCUAGUGUUUUAUUAUCAGCUAUAUUAGCUGCAUGCCCGUUUUCUGAUCAAGUCAAAAACAGGCCGGCCGGUGAUCAGAUCAAACAAGAACCCAAAUUAAACAGGAAAGGAAGGGGUAAAGCUAAGGCACAAACAAAAGCAGAGGAGCAAAAGAUGGCAGAUGAAGAAGAGCCUCCGGCCUCCCCUUUUGUGCUCUACGUGGAUUUGCAUUGUUUGGGAUGCGCUAAAAAGAUCGAAAGAUCCAUUGUCAAAAUCAGAGGGGUUGAAGGUGUAGUGAUAAAUAUGUCAACAAACCAAGUGACAAUAAAAGGAGCAGUGGAGCCUAACGCAAUUUGUACCAAGAUUACCAAUAUAACAAAGAGAGGUGCCAAGUUACUCUCACCUUUACCAGCUGCUGAGGGCGAACCUACGCCAGAAGUAGUUUCUUCUCAGGUGAAUGGAUUGAAAAAGGUAGAGCUUACAGUCAACAUGCAUUGCAAAGCUUGUGCGCAACAACUUAAAAGAAAGAUACUCAAAAUGAAAGGAGUGAGAAAAGUGGAAACAGAAGUAGACUCCGGUAAAGUGACGGUGAUGGGGACGAUGGACGCCGAAAUGCUAGUGGAAAAUGUCUAUCGGGGAACUAAAAAGCAAGCAAAGAUCGUCCCUCAGAUUGAACCAAACCAGAAGGAGAAUAAAGAAGAGAAAGAGAAGCCGGCGGACAAGCCCACCAAGCCCGAUGAUGAGAAAACUGAAGGUGGAAGUCCGCCGCCGCAAGAGGAGGAGGAGGAGAUUUCGAAGAAUCAGCCGGUGACAAUAGCGGAAGAAGAGAACGCAAGCGAAGGGAAGAAGAUGAUGAACUAUUACCAACCCCUUUACAACAUUGAGAGAAUUCUACCGGCGCCGCACAUCUUUUCCGACGAAAACCCCCACGCGUGUUGCAUUUCAUGACAGUAAUUUACAGUUUCCGCACAUGUAUGUAUAUUAAUUGAAUUAAUAAUGCGAUUUAUUAUUGUACAACUUCCCUAGCUUCAUUAAUCAAUAACGCCUUCAUUACUUUUUAAAAUGUUGCAAAUCAACUCCACGGGUGUGGUAUCUCUCAUAGUUAGUUAAAU